GCAGCAGAAGGAGGAGGAGGAGGAGGAGGAGGCACAAAAAGCGAACCGUAAAAAACGGAGAGCAGUGUUAGUUUGGCCGCGCGGGCUUACCGUCGUCGCGGCAGGAAGUGCAGCUCCCAGCGCCGCGCUCACGCACAAUAACAAAGGCUGCUGAGCCGCUCCACGCGCCUCGCGCUGAAUCUACCUGAAGCUCAGAGACACCGACAGCCGCAGGUUCACUGAGGAGCGGACACACCUGCCGGCUGGCCACAGCAGCGCACCUGUCCGGCGGAGCAGCGGGAGGCAGCGACAUGACGAGCUACUCGGAUUACGACUCUGACGGCUACUCGUCUAACGAGGACGCAGAUUACGUCCCUUCAGACGAUAACCUCAGUGAGGACGACAUAAACGAGUGCGAGAGGGAGGAGCCUCUGGACGAGAGCGAGGAGGUGCCGCACGCUGAAGAUGCUGGCAAACAGAGGAAGAAGAGGAAGGGGAAGGAGCUCAGCGUGAGAAAGAGGAAAAAAGGCGUUCUGAAGGUCGAGGAGGGGCAGGAGCCUGAUGGAGUCCAGGAGGAGAAACCCCAGGAGGAGUUUGAGGAGGCGCACAGAACCAAGGUGGCAGAGGAGGAUGACGAUGAGAGGAAGAAGAAGAAGGCAGAUGAUCUGUGGGCCAGUUUCCUGAGUGACGUUGGAUCCAGACCCAAAGCCUCCACACCUGCCCCGCCGGCGAGCAGCACGCUGAAGGCUGACUCCUCAGUAUCAAAGGUUUCUCCGUCAUGUGCAGAAGCUAAAGCGUCAGAACCCACGACAGUCACCAUCACUAAGGUCUUCGACUUUGCUGGUGAAGAAGUUCGGGUGACGAAGGAGGUGUCGGCAGACUCCAGAGAGGCAAAGGGUUUCCUGAAGAGCCAGACGGCCGAGCAGGAGGAGCAGAGAGAGGAGAGCUCCUCGUCUCCCGGAGCGCUGCUGCCAGGCCCCAGUGCCAAGCGGCCCAGCGGUGUGUCCAGCCUCCUGAGUCGCAUCGGAGGGAAGAAGCAGAAGAUGAGCACGCUGGAGAAAUCCAAGAUGGACUGGGACGCCUUCAAGACGGAGGAGGGCAUCAACGACGAGCUGGCCAUCCACAACAGAGGGAAAGAUGGGUACAUGGAGCGAAAGAACUUCUUGGAGCGCGUUGACCACCGACAGUUUGAGUUGGAAAAAGCGGUGCGGCUCAGCAACAUGAAACGAUGACACACAAAACUGACAGAGCCCCACACACACACUCACACACACUCACACAGACUGAAGCAGAUGUUUUGACUUCCUAUCACUCUUCCUCUAAUAACAGAGUUGUUCCAACUCACCGUGUGCUUCACUGUUUCUGGACGGUGAUAUAUAUAUAUUUACAGCGCGAGGUUGUGUAAUGGUGUGUGUGUGUGUGCGUGUGCGUGUGUGUGAUAGCCAGCCAGAGGUGAACUCUUUGGUCAGCCUGGCUCUGUGCUUGGACAUCUUCACCCUCUGAAUGCAGCUGCUGUUCUUCUUGGAUUCAAGCUGCUCAGAGCAGAUUUGUUGUUGUUUUUUUUUUUCCAAAUUUGACCAUUUUUAUGUCAGAAUCAUUCCAAAUACUCUCCGUUUUUGCCCCACAGCCGUAUUCUCCUGUGAGUAAGCCGCUCAAACAAGAUCCAGACCGCCUGUGUAGUGUUGAUAAUGAAUGAAUAUCCAUCAUGUACACCUGGUACACCUGUUAAUAAGAUAUAUGUCCCAGUAUGAGCACCAGACAUCAGCCUCAGACCAGCUGUUUGGGUGUCAUUGGUCUCGUCAUGGUCCUCAUCAGCUGACCGGAGCUCCUCUGGAUGAUAAUCCACUCGCUUGACGUCAUUUGGGGAAAAGCAAAAGCAGAACACAAACAAGUGCCGGUACCCAUUUUUUGAGGAAAUUAAGCGUCACUUUUCUUAUUUUCCUACUUGAACUGGAAAGUAGAUCCGGCUGAUCGCGUCUGCAGGAAACUUGUGCUUAGAACUAGGAAGAAUCCACCUGAUAGUUCUUCACAAAUAAUUGUAAAAAAAAAUGGGUACCAGGACUUGUUAUUUCUUAUAUUGGCAUAAUCCACUGUGCUGAUGUUUGUUUAUGUGCUAAAGCUUUUAGUUUGGGAGCUGUUUUACAAUGGAAGCGAGUAGAAAUCCAGUAUUUUAGAUUAUCAGCUAGAGGAGCUCAGAGCAGCUGAUGAGGAGGUUUCAGCUCCAUGUGGAACCAGACAACAGCUCGGCUCGGCCCGGCCCCGCCCAGCUCUGCCUGCUGACUUCCUGUACAAACGGAGGACAGAAGAAAAGCAGUAAGGACAUAAAGGAGGGGGAAGGAGGCCAAGGCAAAGGUGGAAAUAAAAGAAGUUUGGGUUGUUUUUGUUGGAAUGUGGUGUCUAAGUGCAGUUCCCCGUUUCUACAUGUGAACUUAAUAUUCAAUAAAGAGCAACACUGACACUCCGACUCUGA